CCUCACUGAGCCUAGCUGCUAUCACUGAUCUAAUAGAAUCCAGAUGUUGUAGUGAGCUUGUCAUCCAGGCGCCUGAAGCGUACAGCUGCAACAGAUGAGGGAAGCGUAGGCCCGCCUACAGGGGUGCCGGGGAUGCCUAGUCUGCUGAACACAGAAAAUCCAAGAUGGUGACUAGUAUGAAGUUUUUCUGUUAACCGGUCAACUUGGAAGUGACACCCGGAGUGGACAUUCCUUUCUGCCGACACCUUGUACAGACACCGGAGUGAGCUACAACUUCAACAACUCAGGUGGAGUGAGGGGAGUCUGAUAAAACAAGUCCCAACACAUUUACAAGUAUCACUGGAUCUCAGUGUCAUUCUGAGCCUAGAACAUUAGGCCACCUCAUUUUGUCUGCAAGGCAGUAUCACAUCGUAAUCUGACCAGGUUAAUUCCCCCCGAUUCAUAGGAGCUUCUUUAAACUAAGUGUGCAGUGCCUGGAGAAAGACUGCAAGACUGAGAUUUUUGUUAGCAAGUGGAACAAAAGACUUUCUACUUAGAGACGUGAAAAAUGUCUCAUCCUUCAUGGCUACCACCAAAGAGUUCUGGGGACAACCUGGGACAUGUAACUGCCAGAAUGGAGACCACACAGGGCUUUGGAACACCCAGCAUCUCCGUGUCAACUCAACAAGCCCCUAAGAAAUUUGCACCUGGAGUUGCCCCGAAACCAAAAUACAAUCCAUAUAGAUCAGGACAGUCUGAAAGUGGUGAUGAUUUUCCUCCGCCGCCACCUCCACCGCCAGAAGAUACAAGUAGCCUUUCACACCCAUCCGCUAUUGGAAGCUUUCCUCUUCCACCUGCUCCUGACGAAGCAAUGUUCAAUGUUCAGAUAAACACAGGUGGGAAGACGAUAGAAGAACGCCGCUCAAGCUUGGAUGCAGAGAUUGACUCCUUGACAAGUAUUUUGGCUGAUUUGGAAAGCAGUUCUCCUUACAAGCCACGCACAAGUCAGGUUUCUGGGUCCACUACUGGCACAUUGACUCAUCCAUCCUCAGGAACUCCUGUAACAGGCCAUAAGAGGAUGAUUAUUCCAAACCAGCCUCCACUAACUGCAACAAAGAAGUCUGCAGUCAAACCACAACCGCAGUCUACAUCCCAGCCAGCCCCUGCUGGGUCACCUGGAACCCAGAGGGCUCAGCCUGUUCCUGCCCCUUAUGCCACUGCUUCCACUCCUAACCGACCAACAUACAAUGUUAAGUCUGCUCAACCCAGCCCCCAGUAUGUUCCACCUGGUCCCCAACCAGGACAACCUUAUAAUGUUGCCCCAAACCAGUAUUAUGUUCCACAAAAAGCUGCGCUUCCACGUGAACCUGAAUAUGUUCCACCCCAGCCUGUACGCUAUGCAGACCCUGGCUAUAGUUAUUCCCAGGGCAACCAGGUGAAGUAUCAAGAUCCCUACUAUCCACCAGCACAGACCUAUGGAGGAAGAAACAAUUCAGAGAUUCCCUAUGCCCACCAAGGAGGAUGGAAACCAGAACCAUCUUAUGCUUCAACACCUGCUGUAGGCCAGCAACCUCCUGGAGCAUAUCCCCCUGCUAACAGUAAGAAGACUUAUAUUACUGAUCAACCAUAUAUUCCACCACCGCCGCAAACAAAGACAGCCUACACUACAGGCAUUCCCACUCUUCGACCCGAGGAUGAACUGGAUAGACUAACUAAGAAAAUGCUAUAUGAUAUGGAGAAUCCUCCUUCUGAAGAGUAUUUUGGUCGUUGUGCUCGGUGUGGAGAGAAUGUCGUAGGCGAGGGUACUGGAUGUACUGCCAUGGACCAAGUGUUCCAUGUGGAUUGUUUUACCUGCAUGACCUGCAACAGCAAACUACGUGGGCACCCCUUUUAUGCUGUGGACAAGAAGGCAUUUUGUGAGCCUUGCUACAUUCGCACUUUGGAGCAGUGCAGCGUUUGUGCCAAGCCAAUCAUGGAGAGGAUUCUUAGAGCUACCGGAAAGGCCUACCACCCUCAGUGCUUCAUCUGUGUAGUGUGCUUUCGCAGCCUGGAUGGAAUCCCUUUCACUGUUGAUGCAUCAGGCCAUAUUCACUGCAUUGAGGAUUUCCACAAGAAGUUUGCUCCAAGGUGUUCUGUGUGUAGAGAACCAAUAAUGCCUGCUCCUGGCCAGGAGGAGACUGUUCGUAUUGUAGCUUUGGACCGUGAUUUCCAUGUGCAGUGUUACCGCUGUGAGGACUGUGGAAGUCUUCUGUCUGAAGGGGAAAAUCAAGGCUGCUACCCAUUGGAUGGACACAUCCUCUGCAAGUCCUGCAACUCUGCACGUAUCCAAGCUCUCACUGCCAAGUCCAGCACCGACCUGUGAAUGAAUAGCACCUCAUCCUUAACACUUUAGCUCCUAUCAUGCCAAUCAGCUUUUGCCUCCAUUGGUCAGAGGGAUUUCCAGAACAGACCUAUGUAGGAUGCCUCAUUUCAUAGGCAAUUUGAAAGGGAGUUAUCACAUUUCUAGUUAUUCCACUCACUUUAAUUUUAAAGCACUACAUAUUUUAUUCUUCGUUGUUUCUUUUUUCUUACAGCUGCAGAAGGAAAGUGUAAUUCAGCGUGUGAUUUUAUAUAUAUAUAUAUAUAUAUAUAUAUAUAUAUAUAUAUAUAUAUAUAUAUAUAUAUAUAUAUAUAUAAUCUCACAGUAUGGUGAUUGAACAUUAGCAAACUUUAGUAAAAUAUAUAGACGCCAGAAAUAGAUAGUCGUUUUUUGGAUAAGAUCACCUUGAAGAUCUUUACAAACCAUGCCAAGUUAUAUGUUUGAAAUUACCUGUAGCGCUGUAUUGCUCUGAGAUUGGCUGGCAUGAGCAGUACAUAACCGCUCUGCAUGCAGCAGUAUUCACAUAUCCUGUGCCUGUAUUAUGAGCACAUCCACUGUUAAAGGGAGGGAGCGUUUUUCUUCGCAAGCUCCGCUGUUUCUUGCUCUUUUGUUUGUUUUCUUUCUUUAGCUUUGCUUUUCUAUAUAAUGCAUAUUUUGGCUGCUGCUGGUGAUGGUGUUUUCUGUUUGUAAUUGGAUACAUUUAAAUAUUCUUUAUCAGUGGUACGUGGUCAUAAUUAUGCAAGUACAGACCCGCACCUAUUCACAGCAAACAGCAGUUUGUCACAGCAUUUAGAGAUUGUUUUUUUUUUUUUUAUUAUUGGAACUUGCGCUGUCAUCCAGUGAUGUACAAACUAACACAGUGCCUUAAAAAUUACAUAGUUAGCAUAUCACAAUAUGAGGCUGGGUGCCAGGCAAGUAUGUCGUAUAUAUAGGAAGAAAUUCUAAUGAUUGCAGCUGAUGGAGUUGUUAUAGGGUCAAAAUGCAGUGCAUUGCUGAGCCCAAUGCUGUAGAUGAUCGUUAGUAUUUAACUUUUAGCUAGAUGUUGCUACAUGGUUCUUAAGGGCUUUAGUCAUUCGCUUGAUCCCUGACCCUUUAGCCCUUUUGACUUCCUAUCAUAACCAAAAGGAAGUUGAUUGCCUUUGAACUGUAGGUUACAUGGACAUGUUAUUUCGUCAUUCCUUCUCUCUCGUUCCAGCAGGGAUUCAUGUUAUAAAUUAUGACAUGCUCCUAAAAACAGACCAUAAAUCGCAAGUGUCUGUGGCCACUUUGCCUUAUCAAACUGUGUUUUUUUUAGACUUGGGAGAUUUAUAGUUUAUUGUAAGCUUCAUGUAAGCUCCAGUAACAAUGGAUUAUGGUUAGGCGAGCUGCAGGUUUGUAUCCUUAUAAAGAGAAGUAUAAUAUAUACUGUAUAUUUUUUUUUCUAUUAGAACUUGCUUUAAAAAUGGAUAUUUGUAUAUUAUACUUUAUCAAUCACAUGUUAUUUAGAAAAAAGUAGGGUAUGCCAAUAUAACGUAAUAAUCUGUUUUUCUAAAAAAAAAUAAUCAUUCAACUGGGUUUUCUAUAAUAUGGUCUAAUGCAAAUAUGACAAUGCCUGUUUAACAAAGAAUUAUUGCCAAAUUGCUUGGCUGCCAAGCUGAUCUAAUGUUUUUGAACUUUUGAAUCUCUGAAACAAGUAAAAGUUAUGUAUUUUACCCCCUCCCACUGGCAUCCCUUUAAAUAGUCCGGAACACCCAGGUGACAGGAAAGAUCAGCAAUUAUGUGACCACUGUCACGGUGGUCACAUGAUUGUAAGCCUAUCCUGCUCGCUACCUAUCUGCAGCCUGGACUGAGAGCUGUCUGUGACAGCUCGAAAGCCCGCCCCUUUUGCCGGCAUACAUAUGUGGUGGGGAACGUAAAGGGGUUCAUUUGUACUUUCUUUUUGUCCCCAGGUCAGUGACUCAGAAGGUUUUACAAUCAAAUUACUUGUUGUAUUGCCACUGCAUUUUAGUAAGGAGCUCAGCAAUUGCAACCACCAUAUUUUUCUCAGCACAUUUCCUUUAAAGUAGAAACCCUUGUGCAAAAUUAUUCCUGAAGUUGGGCAGUGCUUUGACUGCCUGCUGGGUCUUAAUGGCUGGUGAAGGUGCCAGAGCAGCUAUACCGCUUUUAUUGAAGGCAUAACAACUGCUGCACAUUGAGAGCUGACCUUUCAACAUCAUUAACCAAAGUAGAUUUCCAGAACUACAAAACUAUAUUGUUUUUCUUUAGCCCACAUGCUCAAUGCCAAGUUAAAAGGGGGAUUCAAGGGUUUAAAAACCUUAUGCUGUUAUUUAAACAUCAUUACUAUAAAACUGUAUUCACUGCCCAUAUAUAAAAGGUGCCAUACUACACUUACAAUAAUUUAGACCAUUUUAAUUGGUAGCACAACACUAAACAGUACCUGCACAAUUAGACUGCUGUGUAGCCAUGAGACCUCCUAAUCGAGUUUGGGUGUCCUUUCUUGAUAAGAGGGGUCCUGUAGGCUAGGUUCAUUUCAGCUUUGAGGCUGCACUUAUACAUUUGAGUGUUGAUGUUCAACUGAAAAUCAAAGGCAGAUUUUUAGUUAGUACAAUAAACCACAUUUAGAAAAAUAUGGUAUAUAAAUGCGUCAGAGUAGACUGCAAUAGAUCAAUCUGGCUUAUUAAUUAAAACUAAACUCAAAAUGCGGGACAUCGUCUAUAAUCUGUAUUGGUACUGGUGUGAAUUGUUUUACUGCUGAUAUCUGCAGUUUUACUCCUUGUUCUGUUUACAGAAUACGACCACAUAAUAAAUGGACAGGUUAAAAUUACCUAGUACACGUUUGAAAGUCCUUUUGUAAUAUAUACCAUUAUAUAAAAAUGUAGACUACAGAUCCAGGUUCUUGGUCUCCACUCGGAAAAAAAAUUCAUGUUCUCAUCUUCUUACUGAAAAUGACAUGCAUAAUAAUUAAGUUAGCAUUAUUUUCUACAUGGUAACAACAUUUAAAUAAUUUAACUCUAUCAAUCUGGUAGCUGUGUGAUUAUAUACAGUAAUAUGUCUCAAUACCAGAUGUGCAUAUAGGUAUUAGAAUCAUUUUAGUCAUUACUAAAUGUGAGCAUUCGCUCUCAUAUAUGUUUUAUGGUCUUCAGAAAGUGAGUAACAUUUCAUAUACUGUAUCUUUAGUGCUUCACUUUUUUAACAACGUAUUGUGUACCAGGAAUGUGAAAAUUUGGUACUAUAUAACUGCUAUACUAGAGCCAUCAUUUGUAUGUAUCAAUAUACACUCUUUGAAACUCAUUGUCAACUUUAUAUCACAGCAACACUGAACACUAUACCACCAUCCAGUAUUACAUUUCUGCAACAUUUCUGUGAAACACUGAUAUUUGUAUUUCGUAGCUGAGAAUUGCUUGCAAACAUUUCCCGAUUUGGGAAGUCAUUUUCUUUGAGGCUGAGAUAGGACCCAUUGCACUAAUGAGAAGGUUGUAUGUGUGUAGAAUUCAUCUUUAUACUCUGCUGCUGUGCAUUGGAAAUUUAGAGGUGAUCCUUCAAGGGUUACAGGCCUGGGUACAGUUGAGAAAUCUAAAAUGUUACCUCUGGGAAGAGCCAAUAUUCAGAUCUGCUUUAAAGUCCAGUAAAUAUUUUACAUGAAUUGUAUUUGGCACUUUUAAACUGUUCCAUUGUGUAGUUUAUUAAGUACAUAUGUCUGUAUGUGUACAUUUACUGUCAGCAACCAUGUAUAGUCUAGAUUUAUUUUGCUGUAAGUUUCAGAUAGAAUUGCAAUUAGAAACAUCACUGUAAUAUUACACUAGGUUGCUUUGACCAGCAGCAACCUAUGCUUGUAUUCUGGCAGUUAGGUUCACUUCCAAUAAAUGCAUACUGGUAUCUGAGCGUUCCCCAUGUAAUGAAAUUAUUAUCCUAUCUUCAGGUCAGGCAUCACUAGAAUAAAUGAGAAACUGGUAAAUGGCGUCAUUUCAGUAUAUACUUAAAAAUGUCAUGAGCUAGUGCAGCACCCAAGUAACCUAUCCAGCCAAUUAUUUUAUUAGUGCCAUUUAUAUUUCCCUAUUUGUACACUAGGGGACACUGGGUAAAUUAAUUCAGGUACAGUGGGAUUAUGCUUCUGCCUUCAGUAGAAGAGAAGUCUUAUCUCCUCAGAGAGAUGUAAACUCUACUUUUUAGGAAGAUUUCUUUUUUUUUUUUUUUUUCUAGGAAGAUUUCUUUUUUUUUUUUUCUAGGAAGUUUCCUCAAGUGUUCCUCACUUGAUCAGUUUACACUUUGAUACAAAUUGGGUAUGACAGAAAAUCUGGUCACACACGGACCACAGCUACAUAUUUACAUAGUGAUUGAAUAAAAAAUUUCUAUUGCUUCAGUAUAAUCCAUAACUUCUUUGGUGUCACACUUCCAGAUCUGGACAUGUACGUCGAAGUUUGUGUUGGGUUGGGUGACCUAAUGUACUGCAGUCUGAAGAUUCUAUUUCAUUUCCAUGUCUAUUUCAUUUCAUUACAACUUCUAUGCUGUGCAGCCAAUAGGAGGCAGCUUUCGAUCUCUCUUUUCUGCUCAGUGGACUGUGAAUCAGCAGUGUAUUUAUGCUGAUUUAUAUUCAAGUGCAUAGUCAAACGAUAUAGUAAACUGAAAGAGGUUGUAUCUGCCUGGCUGUGUAAUGUGAUAAUGUUGUGUGAAUCAUAAAGGUGGUUAAACAGAACUACAAAUUCUUUGCCAGGUAAAAUAAUUCACAUUUCAACUGUCGGUUUUGUGGUCUGUAUGGUGUUCAAUUGUAUGUAUUGACACAGGCCACGAAAGGCCUUCAGUUCUAUGUGACAACAGAUUUGAGCCAGAGAAUCAGUUUGUCUAUUGCAAAAUACCAAGAUCAUCCUAACAAUAAAGAUACAAAAAAUGAGUACUUGCACAGUGCAAACCUUACAGUAGAGAGAUUAACCCAAAGAAAAAUCUAACACCAAAGAUAAAGGAAAACUACUCUUGCCAUUUGUUAUAUUUGCACAUCUCGUGAUAAACUUGGCAUUUGAACAUCAUCAUAGGAAAUAGACUUGAAAUGUUACUAUUUUUGGUAUUCUACAUUUUUGGCACCCUUUUAUAAGAUGGCUGGACAACAAGAAAGUAUGGAAUUACCUAAGACUUGUUAUACAUUAGUAUCAUAAUCAAUGGAAUUGUGAUUACAAUUUAUUCUACCCUGUUCUAAUCUGAUUUUUUUAAAGAUUUUUUUGUACUGUACUUAGGAAGUUUUUUUCUGAUAAUAUACACGCUUCACAAUAAAGUUUCUAUUUGCAUUAAAA